CCCGACCUUCAGCAGUUGCCCCUUCGUGUGCUGUGCGCCAGUUCGCCCACGUAAUCUCGAUAAUAGCACUAAUAUAGGCCGACUGAUCGACUCAGAAUGGCUACGCCUUUGAUUAUUGGUUUAGGUUCUCUUGCAGCUGCCCUCGGUGCCAGGCACUAUCUUCGUCAGCGGGCUCUGCGUGGUGCGGAGCAAUGGGUACGUGGCGGCUUUCAGGCGAAGAUGGAUCGGAAUGAAGCCAUACAGAUUCUUGGACUAAGGGAUGGCCCUACAAUGAAAACGAAGAUAAAAGACGCCCACCGCGGCAUUAUGAUUGCCAACCAUCCUGAUCGGGGAGGUUCUCCGUACCUUGCAAGCAAGAUCAACGAAGCAAAAGACUUGCUCGAACGGUCAGAAAACGGUCGUCGAAGAUGAGAGUUUUUCGCGCACUUGGUGCAGGCACGUUCACAUCCCCAUGUUUAUUCCUGCCACAUAGAACAAACCUCAUAAUUAUUGUUUCGCCGCCAUAUAUGUACAACUCAGCACACCCUACUUCGCAAUGAACAUUAACCCGCUGGACGAUGAUUUUCAUACACCAGUUGCCGGAAUGUCAAUGAUAUCCUCCCUUCCUUCACCUUUGGCUCCUUCGGAAUCUUAUGCU